AUGCGAAGCAUUGCGGAUCAAUGGCAGCACAACAUGAAAAAGGCAUACUUGUACCGGUUCAUUGAGAAACAGAGUACCGACUAUUCCAAUUUGUAUUGGUUCUUCCUCAUUCAGAAUAGUCUCACUUUCUACCAGUUCAACGUUGUACCGGUUCUUCAUCACUCUUGUACUGGUUCAUUCGUAAGCCAAAGCUCAGCAGCGCUGCAUUUACUGCAACCCAUGCUUUACGGCAGUAGUCUGCGGGAGAGAUCAUAUAUGUAUGUAUAUACAUUCGCCCGAAGCUGUUGGGACACUAUGGAGAAAAACAUUUCAUCCGUGAGCAGGGUCUUGAAUCUUCAGACGAUAAGCGUCAAUACGCAGCUUGGGCAAUGUGCACAAACGCUGCGCAUGG